AUGCUCGCUCGCAUGGCCCUCACCAGCAUGUCCUGGAUGCUGCUCUCCUGCCUUAUGCUCCUUUCUCAGGUGCAAGGUGAAGAUGUCAAGGACAAGGUGCCCUCUUCACGCAUCAGCUGCCCCAAGGGAUCUAGAGCCUUUGGCUCCCAUUGCUAUGCCUUGUUUAGGAUAGCAAAAAACUGGUUUGAUGCAGAUCUGGCCUGCCAGAAGAGACCUGAAGGACACCUUGUAUCUGUGCUCAACGGAGGUGAAGCUUCUUUCCUGGCCUCCUUGGUUAAAAGCAGUGCAAACAAUGGCCAAAACGUGUGGAUUGGGCUGCAUGACCCAACACUGGGACAACAACCCAAUAGAGAUGGAUGGGUGUGGAGUAACGCUGAUAUCAUGGAUUACUUUAACUGGGAGCAGAAUCCUUCCUCUGCCUCAGGUGGUUACUGUGGUAGCCUAUCACGAGGCUCAGGAUAUUUGGAGUGGAGUGACACUUCUUGUGCCAUGGUGUUACCCUAUGUCUGCAAGUUCAAUCCCUAGAGUACACAGGAAGCACCCUGAGUUGAUAUGUGCCUCACCAUGAUC